AUGGAUGACCUCUCUGCUGUCGCUCGAGCCCUCGACUCGACACUUGAUGUAGUACAGGGACUCCUGGAGGACGAGUUCCCUCGAUGUGCUGCCAUACAGGCAGACCGGCACCCUGUAGCCUCCAUGGCUAGGUGCCGGUCGCAUGGCACCCACCUACUCUCCGCUGAGGCCUGCGAACUUGCCAUUCGUGGAGCUCCGUUUCGGUCGGCAUUGGGUCCUGAAUGUGAGGACCAAAUCUGGGAAUACCAGCUUCUUCCCUCCUCCGUGGCUUUGAUUGCAGACAAAAUCAAAGCAACUCCGUUGGAAUGGCGUCGAAACCAUCCUUGCCGUGCCCCGUCGUGCCCUCUGUUUGUCCUAGAGGAUGGCUCCUGUGUCGACAAGCAAUGCUCCGAUGCCUGCCCCGAGUGCCUAGAAGACCUAGUCUUCGACGAUAGCCACAAUCACAUGACGUAA